GAGACGGCACUCUGUGCUUUCAGGCGGUACCUCAUGUUGGAGCCUGAUCAUGUCGAGAUCUACAUCGCCUACUUGCGGACAAUUGGGCGUUAUGACGAGGCUGCACAGAAGCUCGCCAGUGUGGUGGAUGAUGAGGACUUCAGCUCCAUGGAGGGAAAGACUCGUCAUCAGCUUUGGAUGGAUCUCUGCGACCUUGUCUCCAAGCAUCCUGCUGACAUCAAGUCUCUAAACAUCGAGUCAAUCAUCCGCAGCGGAAUUCGGCAGUUUACUGAUGAGGUUGGGCGAUUGUGGAUUUCUCUCGGAGAUCACUUCAUCAGGCUCGGCCAGUUCGAGAAAGCCCGUGACAUUUACGAGGAAGCCAUGGCGACCGUCAGCACGGUGCAUGACUUCUCCUUGAUCUUCGAAGCGUAUGCCAAGUUCCUAGAGAGCUUGAUUUCUGCUCACAUGGAGCGGGAGGCUUCAACCGUCUCGGCUGCAGAAGCUGACCUGCUAAUGCUGCGCUUGGAGGACUUGUUGGGAAGAAGACCGGAGCUUGUGUCGUCGGUCAAGUUGCGGCAGAAUCCUCACAACGUGCAUGAGUGGCUGCAGCGGGCAAAGUUGUACAAGGACUCGCCCGAGAAGGUCAUUCGCUGCUUCACGGAGGCCGUGAUGACGGUGGAGCCCCAGAAAGCCGAAGGUCGCCUCUGGACCUUGUGGGCUGCUUUCGCCAAGUUCUACGAGUCGCACGAUGACUUGGAAAACGCUCGUGUGAUUUUUUCAAAGGCCACGCAGGUGAAGUAUCGGGGUGUCGAUGACCUUGCCUCCGUAUGGUGCGAGUGGAUCGAGAUGGAGCUUCGUCACAAAGAGUUCGACGAAGCACUCAAGGUGGCAAGGCAAGCCGCCGGUCAGAAGAAGGCUGCAGCCCUGAAAGAAGACAAGGACGAUGUUCAGAAUCGGCUGUACCGCUCGACCAAAUUGUGGUCACUCUGCAUAGACCUUGAGGAGUCGCUCGGGACCACAGCUUCAACCAGAGCGGCAUACGAUGCGACUCUGGAGCUCAAG